AUGGCCGCAGCGGCCAACAAGGAUGGCGCGUCCAGCAUCUCGGUGACGGUUCGCGUGCGUCCUUUUACGAUCCAGGAAGCUGCGCAGCUCACCAAAACGGAUGAUGGACCACUCUUCCUGGGCGAUGGUUCUCUUGCGGCGGUCGCGAAGCCCAAAUUUGGCCAAAAGGGACUCCGGCCGGUGAUAAAAGUGGUGGAUGAAAAGUGCCUUAUCUUUGAUCCCCCCGAAGACAACCCCGUCCAGCGCUUCAGUCGCUCCGUACUCCCCCAGGGCAAGCGCGUCAAGGAUCAGACUUUUGCAUUCGACCGGGUCUUCGACGAGAACACGACACAAGCCGACGUCUACGAGGCGACCACCCGCAACCUGCUCGAUUCUGUUCUGGAUGGCUUCAACGCGACGGUGUUUGCGUACGGCGCGACAGGAUGCGGAAAAACACACACCAUCACAGGCACAGCUCAGCAACCCGGAAUCAUUUUCAUGACCAUGCAGGAACUAUUUGAAAAGGUCGGGGAGUUGAAGGAGACGAAGGAGGUGGAGGUCUCGCUAUCGUACCUGGAAAUCUACAACGAGACGAUUCGCGAUCUUCUCAAUCCAGACGCUGCGACCGCCAAGCAGGGGUUGAUGCUACGCGAGGAUUCUAACCAGGCCGUUUCCGUCGCAGGAUUGUCAUCACACAAGCCUCAGAACGUGCAAGAGGUCAUGGACAUGGUCAUCCAAGGCAACUCACAGCGCACACAAUCGCCCACCGAAGCCAACGCGACCUCAUCCCGCUCGCACGCCGUGAUUCAAGUCAACGUCUCUUCGAAGGAGCGCAAUGCCGAUGUUCAUGAGCCGGUCACAUUCGCUACCCUAUCCAUCAUCGAUCUGGCAGGAUCGGAGCGUGCCAGUGCGACCAAGAACCGUGGCGCACGUCUACUCGAGGGCGCCAACAUCAACAAGUCCCUACUUUCACUCGGAUCCUGCAUCAAUGCUCUUUGUGAUCCACGAAAACACAACCACAUCCCAUACCGAAAUUCAAAGUUGACCCGGCUACUGAAGUUCAGCUUGGGCGGGAACUGUCGGACCGUCAUGAUUGUUUGCAUUUCACCGAGCAGCCAACAUUUCGAUGAAACGCAAAACACGCUUCGGUAUGCUAAUCGUGCAAAGAACAUCCAAACAAAGAGCGUGCGAAAUGUGUACAAUGUGGACCGCCACGUCAAGGACUACCUCAAGAAGAUUGWCGAGCAGAUGGCACGUAUCAACGAGCUCACAGCACAGCAAAAGCAAUUCGAGGAGCUGGCAUUUGUGAAGUUCCGGAAAGCGGAAGCAAAGAGGAGUGAGAUUGCACAGGACGGAGUCUCGCGACUUCGUGCCGCGUACGAGCACUCUCAGUCGGAGCGCACUGAGCGCACAUCCAACACAUUACGACUCCGCCAUACCGAGCGUCGCAUUGGCGCUAUCAGCGGGUGGAUCGGCUCAUUCGACCAGGUGUGUGAAACUAGGGAGGACGAGGAGCCGUCUGCUGCUCUCACCGCGAUGCGCAAAUCUGCGCAAGGGAUCCUAGUUGAGCUCGAAGGCAGUCGGCWGCAUUACCACCAGCGGCUGGCCAGGAACAAUUGGACUCGAGCCAUUGAUACUGCGCUUCAAGAUGGUUUGCGCCAAUUGCAGGGUUUGGAUGGGAGUGUUCCAGAGAGCAGGGAGGAAAUGUCGUUGCGCCAGGAAGUCGAGCUGCUCAAGAACCGCGCGGACAUCGAUAUGCAUCUUGCUGUUCUGGAGCAGGACAAGGUUGGCGAUUCUGGAUUGAUGCAGGUCAUGCUCGCUGCCCAUUUCGAGACCAUCGCAAUUCUCAAUCAGCUUACGCAGAUGACUGAAGCAGAGGCCAUGGCAGCUGGCAAGGGUAUCUUGGGUAAACUGCUUCAGUCGUGUACUGAAGCAACGGGUCAAGUCAUCAAGCCCGACGGUGGCCUUCAGAUUACCCACGCUGUUCCUCCAACACGUAAUGGCACCCCUCGAAAGAAGAAGCAGGUUCCUCUUUUGGGGCCCAGUCCCAUCAAGAACAAGAUCCGCUCAGUUACAGCAGCGUCCACCAUCGCACCUCAUCUUGCACCAGGCACGGGGCUCCUCCCUUCUCCAGACAUCGUGUCCAAUGCCGCCCGCGGUGCUACAGCAAGUCCUAGGAGGCGACCAAAGCCUGGUGGUACUGCGCGUAGCAAGGUCUUAUUCCACAACGGCACACCCAAAAAGAAGUCGCCUUCGAAGAAACGCGCUGUAAAGUGGAGGGAUGAGGAUGUCGAUGGCGGCACCCUCGUAGAGUUCCAGCCAACCCCUAAGAGAGCGAAUUUCGAGAACAGCACUCCCCCUGAAGCCGAGCAAGUAGACGCAGAUGCCGACGGCGCUUCCAAACUCUCAAUGGGUAGCGAUCACGAGCACGAUGACCCGGACUCCAGCCCUCUGCCUUCCGCGCCCAGUUUCACAAGCAGCGAUAUCCGCAAGUCUGGGAACGGCAGAUUUGCGACUGGCUUCCUACAAAAGGCGAAGACCGAUGGAGGCUCACCCGGCUUGAUGCCACCUCCUUCGUUGACGAUGGGGUCGUUUUCCAGCGAGGAUGACUCGAGCCCGCUACGCGAGAUGGAAGCCAAUCGUGCUCCUUAUGCUAAAAACCGACGUAUCAGUAACCUUCCUUUGCACAGUCGCAGCAAAUCUGAGAUCGUCUCCGUCGAUGAUGCUUCCUCAAACUCUGGAAGCGACAUCGACAAGGAGUCCGCAAAAGAGAUUCGCUCUGCUUUACGAUCGCAACAUAAGCGAUCCUCCUCAUUGGGGUUUGGAGGAAGCAAGACGUCAUCUCGUCGCAGCCCACGGGAAUCUGAUUUAGCUCAUCGUCGCCGUAGCCCGACUGCCUCAAAUUCAGGAUCGCCUCCUCAGCAGGAUGCUCAGGGGAUCUUCUCGGCCUCCCAUGCCCGGCGCAUGGUGGGCUCCCAGCGGGUCGAGGGCGAGAAGGGUGUUUUGAGCCCUCGCACUCAACCUGUCAGUAAACCAAAUGGCCCCAUUUCUGUGAGAAGAAGUAUGUUUGACUUGCAUGGAGCCRCCAAUGGUUCGAGGGACAGUUUGAGCUCGGCGCAGGGUUCGACGAGAGUGGUUUCAAGAUCCAGUAAUGUCGGAGCCAUUGGGAGAGCAGCGUGGAGAUGA